AUGUACGGAUCAGGGACCUGGGCAGCACCGUCUACGGUGUUGGAGAAGCUUGAUCGCAGGGAAAGGAAGCUGCUUAGACGGCUGCUUGGGGAAGCGGAAAUCGGUGUGGUGUUGACGAUACGUGGAAGAUAUCAACAUCUUGCACGGCCAUCGAAAGCGGCAACAGAAAAUCGUCUUUGCGCCUUUGGUCAUAUAUCAAAGAGACCAGCAGAUCGCCUUGUUCAACGAGUUUUGAGAAAUUUGUCGGAUUCAAGCUGGAAGAGUCCACCUGGCCGGAAGCGGAAGUUCUGGACUGAGGUGGUGAAAGAGGAACUGAGUAUACUCGGCGUGGAUAGGCAGUUCUGGCGCGACGCAAGGUUUCGCAAGAUAUGGAAUAGCGAUGAAUGGAUCAAUUCUGUGCAAGCUCUCGCAGAAGAUCGAGAAGAUUGGGCAGAGCUGUGUUCAAGGACGGUACGCCUAGGCGAAGAUGCGGGUAAUCGGGUCAGGCGAUGA